AUGAGGAGAAAGUUUGGGGAAAAUCCGACGACGGUCCAUACGGCUUCCGAAUCCGCGAAGGCUUCGAGCUCUACCCAUGCGUUGGGUUUGGAAUAUGAUGAUGAUUCGGAUUCUGACUAUGAAUUGCACCCUCUUCUUUCUAUGAACUCGGCCCCAGCAGCCCCCGUACAACAACCACCGCCAGACAGCGCACAAAAAAGCCGCAACGAUUUGCUGAAGAAUCUGAAGAGCACUGAUACUCAUUACACCUCCCUCUUCCGGAACCUCGUUGAAUUGAAAGUGAAAAGCGCAACGGAAGAGGAUGAUAAGGGCCAGCCGAUCCCGAAUGCUGGGCCGGAUUUGGAGUUUCAAAAAUGGUGGAGCUUCUUCUACGAAGCACCCUGCCCGAUAUCAAAGCCAGCUCCGAUCAAGGAACCGCCGGCCGAUCAACUGGAGGUGAUCGAGCAUUGUGCCGAGUAUUCGGCCAAAUAUGGAGCCGAAGGAGAAAGGAUGCUCAGAGAACAACACGUGCUCGACGGGGCACAAGGCAAAUACACGUUUAACCUUAAUUUCCUCAACUUGCACUCGCCCUAUCAUUCAUUUUAUCAGCAGCAGGUGAAAGCCAAUCAAUUGGCGCUUGGGAUGCGCCUAAAACUGACAUGGUUGCUCCCGUUUCCCUCAUUGAUCCGUGUACCUCGCAGUCGAUCCACCCGGUCCAAUCGUCGGUCUGCUUUCAGAUUCCUGCCUCCACUACUGAAUUCACAUCCAUCUGCCGUGGCCGCACUCGAUGAUGAGGCGCCUGGAUCGUUUAACACUGCGGUCCCGACACCACCCGCACCUCCGCGUAUUCAAACGGAUCUUCAACUGGAAAGAAAAGAAAAGAGAACGAAGUCGCGAACGAAGGGAACGACGGCGCAGAUCCAGUUCACGAUCGAAAGCAAAAAGACGUCGAUCUCGGAGCCGAUCAAGCUCGGGAUCAGGCACAGAAAAACAACCAACCACAAAGGAUGGGCUUUCGUCUCGUUUGACAAUGCCACCGUUGCACAGAUUGCCGCAGAGGCCACCGAUGGAUAUCUGAUGUUCGAAUGCCGCAUGAAGGCCAAGGUCUUGACCCCAGAGAUGGUGCCCGACGUGAUGAAGCGUGGCCCGUGCGUCAUCAAGCCGCGAGAACGCUAUGCCGGCCGGGUGAAAGAGGCAGCCAUCGCUGCGAAGCACAGAUCUCCGAAGCAAGCUGCUGCUCUUAUUACCCCGAAAACUAGCAAGUUGGCAACUCCCCAGGCGGCCGCUUCUGCCAAGAGCAACAUUGCAACUACUCCGAUUAGUAAAAAGAGCCCCAAGACCCCGUCCAUCGUUGCCCAACCUGUCGCUGAAGAGGAGCCCCGCCCUCCCAGCGCCAAGAAGUCAAAGAAAUCGCCCAAGCAGGUCACCGUCGUGACACCGGAACCCUCGGCCGUGGCGAAGCCGAAGACUCCGAAGAGCAACACGCCAAUCGGACGGCGCGUCGGCGCUCGGAUGACGCCCGCACGAGCCGCUCGUCAGCAACAAGUGGAACCUGCCGCCAAGCCGCCGAAGCUGGCGAAGACUCCCAAGCAAGCCAAGACCCCGAAACAACCGUCCACUUCGACGCCUGCCAGGACUCCAGCUCGCGGAAAGAAG